AUGUUGCCGUACAACGCACACAACAGCUACCAGCAACAAUUUCCCUCGCCGGAGAUUGAAAUCCCAGCGAAAUGGAAAAUUUCAUACGGACACGAGGAGACUGCUCCUCCUUGUCCCCGUUGUGCAUCUUCCAACACUAAGUUUUGUUAUUACAACAACUACAGCUUGUCUCAACCUAGAUACUUCUGCAAAGGCUGCCGUCGUUACUGGACCAAAGGAGGCUCUCUCCGCAACAUUCCCGUCGGUGGAGGGUGUCGUAAGAGGAGCCGGAGCAGACGACAGACCAGUCACAAAAGGUUUGGUCCGAACGAAAAUCGACCAGAUGGUCUUACCAAUGAGUCCCAGUCAAGCCCUGCUGGUUCUAUCAUUGAUUUGGCUGCGGUUUUCGCACAGUACGUGAAUGCUCCGAGCCCUUCAAGUACUGAUAACACCACCGGAUCUGAUCAAAAUUCACCUGUAACAACAAACACGAAUGCUUUAGAAUCAUUGAGUUGGGAUAUCUACCAAGAAACUGAUGGGUUCUACGGAGAAUUCAACGAUCUAACCAACAAGAUUCAAGAAGAUGAACGAGGUUUUGGUCAUUUUCUCCAAGAAGGUCAAGAGGAGAUUUUUGAGUUUCAAGGUUUACUAGAUGAUAAAGAGAUUCAGGAGAUCUUGGAAUGCUCGUUCUCAGAGGAGCCAGAGCAGUUAAUUUCUCAGGAGAGAUUCAUGAUCAAUGGUGAUCACUGGAGUUCAACAGAUCUUACAACGUUCGGGGUUUGA